AUGAGAAUCUUGAUAAUACCUAUGUCCUAGGGUUAAGAUAUAAUUACUACUACUGGGGAGGCGGCUCAGGGUAAGGGCUCCUGCUACCAAGCCUCACAAGCUGAAUUUUGUCCCUGAGAUCCACAUGGUAGAAGGCGAGAAAUGACUCAAUAGAGUCUGAACUCCACAUGUACACUGUGACACAUGUAUGCCUGCGUGCACACACACACAAACAAUCAAAUAAUACAUCUUAAAUAAAUAAGCAAACAUAAUUCCUGGACCAGUAAGAUGGUUCAUCUUGUACAGUCCCUUGCCACCAACGCUGAUAAACUGAGUUAGAUCCCUAGGACCCACAGGGCAUAUAAAGAGAAUGGACGCCUACAAAGUGUCCUCUGACAUCCACACAUAUGCAGCAGUACCACUGGCACACACACACACACACACACACACACACACACACACGAUGAAAAAAGAAACAGAAUUACUAAGCCGGGUGCAGUGGAAAACACCUGUAAUCUCAGCACCCGGUUGGAGUGUAGAUUGGGCUACACAGGGAGACUACCACAAAAGAAAAGAAGAGAGUGAGGGAAGAGAGAAAGAGCUGUCAGUUAUGCUUAGUCAUGCAAUCAAUAAACGGGCCAUUUUAAUAUGCUAUACAUGCAUGUUCAAUCAAAAAAUAUUGACACAGCAAAUAUCUAUAUAACCAUUACUUAUUGAACAGCCUAUUUUGUCUCCACUGCCCAGUAGUGCUAAAAACUGUCAUAAAUCACACACACAUACACACACACAUCACAUACAUGGCUCAGCUUCUGAACUAUACUUUUUUUUAUUGUUGUGCUGUUUUGUCUCGGUUUGGUUUGGUUUUAAGACAACCAAGUCUUGCAAUGUAGCCCAGGAUGGCCUCAAAUUUGUAAUGAUAAUACUCCUUUCUCCCAAGUUCCAGGAUUAAAAGCUUGUGCCACCACCCAUGGCUGUAUUCUAUUUUUAAUUACUGUAGAUUUAUAAUGAGCCUUGAUAUCAGAUACGGCAAGUCUUCCCAUCUUGUUUUUUUCCCCAAAAGGUUUUGGCUUUUCUUGGUCCUUUGGAUCUCAAAGAUAUCAAUUCCAAAGAAAAAUAUGCUGAGAUUUUGUUUGGUAUAGCCAAUGCAAAAUGCCAAACCAAUCACUCUGGGAAAAACUUACAUCAUCACUAGAUGUUAUAUAUUUCUCCACUUUAUAUCCCUUUGAUAUUUACUAUUUGACUCUUUUUUCAUAGAGAUAAUGCACAUGCUAGUUUUGUCCUAAGUACUUAAAAUUUUGUUAUUGGAAAAUGACACCAUUUUUUUCUUAUUUUAGCUUUUGCCUGCUUAGUGCAGGUAUCUAUUUGGUGAACUCUUAACCAGUGCCGUUUCACUUGCCAGCCUCUGGCUUACAAAUAUCCCAUUUGCUCCCUGUUCACCCUCCCAACUGACACUAUUAUUCCCCGCCCCCUGACCUUAAUCCCUCUAAGGCUGGAGGAGGAGAGAGGGGACUGUGUGCAGAUGGCCCUUACAUCUCCAGAGGAGGAUGUCGGAAUCUGAAGGCAGGAAAGGUGAGAGCAGCCAUCCACCCCUGAAGACCCUUGGAGUCACCCUGGGCUCUGGUCCACCCUCACCCUCUCACCUACCCACUGCCCACCUGGAUCCUACUUCUGGAGAGUCUCUGGUUCCCCAGAGUAUCAUCACCCUCUUCCUACCUUUUGAUAUUCUCAUCCUCCUGACCAUCUUUGCCAAUUGCGUGGCCCUGGGAGUAUACAUCCCCUUCCCUGAGGACGACUCCAACACUGCUAACCACAACUUGGAACAGGUAGAAUACGUGUUCCUGGUGAUUUUCACCGUGGAAACAGUGCUCAAGAUCGUGGCCUAUGGGCUGGUGCUCCAUCCCAGCGCCUACAUUCGCAAUGGUUGGAAUCUACUCGACUUCAUCAUCGUCGUGGUCGGGCUGUUUAGCGUGCUCCUGGAGCAAGGACCCGGGCGGCCAGGCGAUGCCCCGCAUACUGGAGGAAAGCCGGGAGGUUUCGAUGUGAAGGCACUGCGGGCAUUUAGGGUGCUACGGCCACUGAGGCUGGUGUCUGGGGUCCCAAGUAAGUGCAUACGCCCCCGACCCCCGAGUUGGAGGUGGGGCUCCAGGCCCAGAGCAAAUGCGCUGAGCCCGCCCAUCCCCGCCACAGGCCUGCACAUUGUGCUCAAUUCCAUCAUGAAGGCGCUUGUGCCGCUGCUGCACAUUGCCCUGCUGGUGCUCUUCGUCAUUAUCAUUUACGCCAUCAUCGGACUCGAGCUGUUCCUCGGACGCAUGCACAAGACGUGCUACUUCCUGGGAUCUGAUGUGGAGGCAGAGGAGGACCCAUCGCCUUGUGCGUCUUCUGGCUCUGGGCGUUCAUGCACGCUGAACCAGACUGAGUGCCGCGGGCGCUGGCCAGGGCCCAACGGUGGCAUCACGAACUUUGACAAUUUUUUCUUUGCCAUGCUAACUGUGUUCCAGUGUAUUACUAUGGAAGGCUGGACAGACGUCCUCUACUGGAUGCAGGAUGCCAUGGGGUAUGAGCUACCCUGGGUGUAUUUUGUGAGCCUCGUCAUCUUUGGCUCCUUCUUUGUCCUCAACCUUGUGCUUGGCGUCCUAAGUGGGGAGUUCUCCAAGGAAAGAGAAAAGGCAAAAGCACGAGGUGACUUUCAGAAGCUUCGAGAGAAGCAGCAGAUGGAAGAGGACCUUCGGGGCUACCUGGACUGGAUCACCCAGGCUGAGGAGUUAGACCUCCACGACCCUUCGAUAGAUGGCAACUUGGCUUCUCUUGCUGAAGAGGGACGGGCCAGCCAUCGACCACAGCUGUCAGAGCUGACCAAUAGGAGGCGUGGACGACUACGAUGGUUCAGUCACUCUACUAGAUCUACACACUCCACCAGCAGCCAUGCCAGCCUCCCAGCCAGUGACACUGGCUCCAUGACAGACACCCCAGGAGAUGAGGAUGAAGAAGAGGGGUCUCUGGCUAGCUGUACACGCUGCCUAAACAAGAUCAUGAAAACCAAGGUCUGCCGCCACUUCCGCAGAGCCAACAGGGGUCUCCGUGCACGCUGCCGCCGGGCUGUCAAGUCCAACGCCUGCUAUUGGGCUGUACUGCUGCUCGUCUUCCUCAACACGUUGACCAUCGCUUCGGAACACCAUGGACAGCCUGUGUGGCUCACCCAGACCCAGGAGUACGCCAACAAAGUGCUGCUCUGUCUCUUCACGGUGGAGAUGCUUCUCAAACUGUAUGGUCUGGGCCCCUCUGUCUAUGUUGCCUCCUUUUUUAACCGCUUUGACUGCUUCGUGGUCUGUGGGGGCAUCCUAGAAACCACUUUGGUGGAAGUGGGGGCCAUGCAGCCCCUCGGGAUCUCAGUGCUCCGAUGUGUGCGCCUCCUCAGGAUCUUCAAGGUCACCAGGCACUGGGCAUCUCUGAGCAAUCUGGUCGCAUCCCUGCUCAAUUCCAUGAAGUCCAUCGCAUCCUUGCUGCUUCUCCUCUUUCUCUUUAUCAUCAUCUUCUCCCUGCUUGGCAUGCAGCUGUUUGGGGGCAAGUUCAACUUCGACCAAACCCAAACCAAGAGAAGCACCUUUGACACCUUCCCCCAAGCCCUCCUCACUGUCUUUCAGAUCCUGACAGGUGAGGAUUGGAACGUGGUCAUGUAUGAUGGUAUCAUGGCCUACGGUGGCCCCUUCUUCCCAGGGAUGCUGGUGUGUGUUUAUUUCAUCAUCCUCUUCAUCUGCGGCAAUUACAUCCUGUUGAACGUGUUUCUUGCCAUUGCUGUGGAUAACCUAGCCAGCGGGGAUGCAGGUACUGCCAAAGACAAAGGCAGGAGCCUGGUGGAGAGAACGAGGACGCAGAGGGUGCAAAGAGUGAAGGAGCAGCGGAGAUUCUGGGCAGGAAAUGAGAAGAAUUUGUCCUGUACCAAGCACAGUUCCAGGAGCUUUCCAUUGACUUCUCAACCACUUUCGCUUUUUGCUCUUUUUCCAGCACCAGGCGUAGAGGAAGAGGAAGAAGAAGAGGAGGAGGAGGACGAGGAAGGCGGUGCAGGGCAUGUGGAACUCUUGCAGGAAGUUGUACCCAAGGAGAAGGUGGUACCCAUUCCUGAAGGCAGUGCCUUCUUCUGCCUCAGCCAAACCAAUCCACUUCGGAAGGCCUGCCACACCCUCAUUCAUCAUCAUAUCUUUACCAGCCUCAUCCUGGUGUUCAUCAUCCUCAGCAGUGUGUCCCUGGCCGCUGAGGACCCCAUCCGAGCCCACUCCUUCCGCAACCAUAUUCUGGGAUACUUUGAUUAUGCCUUCACCUCCAUUUUCACUGUGGAGAUUCUACUAAAGAUGACAGUGUUUGGGGCCUUCCUGCACCGGGGCUCUUUCUGCCGUAGCUGGUUCAAUAUGUUGGAUCUGCUUGUGGUCAGUGUGUCCCUCAUUUCCUUCGGCAUCCACUCCAGUGCCAUCUCAGUUGUGAAGAUUCUCCGAGUCCUCCGAGUCCUCCGGCCCCUCAGAGCCAUCAACAGGGCCAAGGGACUCAAGCACGUGGUGCAGUGUGUGUUCGUGGCCAUCCGGACCAUCGGAAACAUCAUGAUCGUCACCACCCUCCUGCAGUUCAUGUUCGCCUGCAUUGGUGUGCAGCUCUUCAAGGGAAAAUUCUACAGUUGCACUGAUGAGGCCAAACAUACCCUGAAAGAAUGCAAGGGCUCCUUCCUCAUCUACCCUGAUGGAGAUGUGUCACGGCCCUUGGUCCGAGAGCGGCUCUGGGUCAACAGUGAUUUCAACUUUGACAACGUCCUUUCAGCCAUGAUGGCCCUGUUCACUGUCUCUACCUUUGAAGGCUGGCCUGCGCUGCUAUACAAAGCUAUAGAUGCGCACGCAGAAGAUGAGGGCCCUAUCUACAAUUACCACGUGGAGAUCUCGGUAUUCUUCAUUGUCUACAUCAUCAUCAUUGCCUUCUUCAUGAUGAACAUCUUCGUGGGCUUUGUUAUCAUCACCUUCCGUGCCCAGGGAGAGCAGGAAUACCAAAACUGUGAGCUGGACAAGAACCAGCGCCAGUGUGUAGAAUAUGCCCUCAAAGCCCAGCCACUCCGCCGAUACAUCCCCAAGAAUCCUCAUCAGUACCGCGUGUGGGCCACUGUGAACUCUGCUGCCUUUGAGUACCUCAUGUUUCUGCUCAUCCUGCUCAACACGGUUGCCCUAGCCAUGCAGCACUAUGAGCAGACUGCUCCCUUUAACUAUGCCAUGGACAUCCUCAACAUGGUCUUCACUGGCCUCUUCACCAUUGAGAUGGUGCUCAAAAUCAUCGCCUUCAAACCCAAGCAUUAUUUUGCCGAUGCCUGGAAUACGUUCGAUGCUCUUAUUGUAGUGGGCAGCGUAGUGGACAUUGCCGUCACAGAAGUCAAUAAUGGAGGCCAUCUUGGCGAGAGUUCAGAGGACAGCUCCCGAAUAUCUAUCACAUUCUUUCGCCUCUUCCGAGUCAUGAGGCUGGUCAAGCUUCUCAGUAAGGGUGAGGGGAUCCGAACACUUCUCUGGACGUUCAUCAAGUCUUUCCAGGCCUUGCCCUAUGUGGCUCUUCUCAUAGCAAUGAUAUUCUUCAUCUAUGCAGUCAUUGGCAUGCAGAUGUUUGGCAAGGUGGCUCUUCAGGAUGGCACACAGAUAAACCGAAACAACAAUUUCCAGACCUUUCCACAGGCUGUGCUGCUUCUGUUCAGGUGUGCCACUGGUGAGGCAUGGCAAGAGAUCAUGCUUGCUAGCCUUCCCGGAAAUCGAUGUGACCCUGAGUCUGACUUUGGCCCAGGCGAGGAAUUUACCUGUGGUAGCAAUUUUGCCAUUGCCUAUUUUAUCAGCUUCUUCAUGCUCUGUGCCUUCCUGAUUAUAAAUCUCUUUGUGGCUGUGAUCAUGGAUAACUUUGAUUAUCUAACCAGAGAUUGGUCUAUCCUGGGCCCCCACCACCUUGAUGAAUUCAAGAGGAUCUGGUCUGAAUAUGACCCUGGAGCCAAGGGCCGCAUCAAGCACCUGGACGUUGUUGCCCUGCUGAGACGCAUCCAGCCCCCACUGGGAUUUGGAAAGUUGUGCCCACACCGAGUGGCCUGCAAGAGACUUGUGGCAAUGAAUGUGCCCCUCAACUCAGAUGGAACGGUGACAUUCAACGCUACACUCUUUGCCCUGGUUCGGACAUCCCUGAAGAUCAAGACAGAAGGGAACCUGGAUCAAGCCAACCAGGAGCUUCGGAUGGUCAUCAAGAAGAUCUGGAAGCGGAUAAAGCAGAAACUGUUGGAUGAGGUCAUCCCCCCUCCAGAUGAGGAAGAAGUCACCGUGGGCAAAUUCUAUGCCACAUUUCUGAUCCAAGAUUAUUUCCGAAAAUUCCGGAGAAGGAAAGAAAAAGGGCUACUAGGAGCAGAGGCCCCAACAAGCACAUCCUCUGUCCUUCAGGUUGGUCUAAAAAGCCUACAGGACUUGGGUCCUGAGAUCCGACAGGCCCUCACCUAUGACACUGAGGAAGAAGAAGAGGAAGAGGCAGUGGGUCAGGAGGGUGAGGAGGAGGAAGCUGAGAACAACCCAGAAACAUACAAAGACUCCAUAGACUCCCAGCCCCAAUCUCAAUGGAACUCCAAAAUUGCAGUGUCUCUACCUGUGAGGGAGAAACUCCCAAAUUCUCUCUCACCCGGGCCUAGUGAUGAUGAUGAUGGACUGGCUCCCAACCCCAAGCAGCCCAGUGCACUCCAGGCUGGAUCCCAAGCCCACAGGAGAGGCUCUGGAGUUUUCAUGUUCACUAUCCCAGAAGAAGGAAGUACUCAGCUCAAGGGAAUUCAAGAGCAGGACAAUCAGAAUGAGGAACAGGAAGUCCCUGACUGGACUCCCCACCUGGAUGAGCAGGCAGGGACUCCCUCCAACCCAGGCCUUUUGCCACCCCACUGGCCCCAGAGACAGGUAAAUGGGCACCAUGGACCACGCCGACGUUUGCUGCCUCCGACACCUGCAGGUCGGAAGUCCUCCUUCACCAUCCAGUGUCUGCAACGCCAGGGCAGUUGUGAAGAUUUACCCAUCCCAGGUACCUACCAUCGUGGACGGACCUCAGGACCAGGCAGGGCUCAGGGUUCCUGGGCAGCCCCUCCUCAGAAGGGUCGACUGCUAUAUGCCCCCCUGUUGCUGGUGGAAGAAGCCACAGUGGGUGAAGGAUACCUCAACAAACUCAGCGGGCCACUGCGUACCUUCGCCUGUCUGCAAGUGCCUGGAGCUCAUUCAAAUCCCAGUCACCGCAAGAGGGGCAGUGCCGACAGUUUGGUGGAGGCUGUGCUCAUCUCUGAAGGCCUAGGUCUCUUUGCCCAAGACCCACGAUUUGUGGCCCUGGCCAAGCAGGAGAUUGCAGAUGCAUGUCACCUGACACUGGAUGAGAUGGACAGUGCUGCCAGUGACCUGCUAGCCCAGAGAACCACCUCCCUUUAUAGUGAUGAGGAGUCUAUUCUCUCCCGCUUUGAUGAAGAAGAUCUGAGAGAUGAGAUGGCCUGCGUCCAUGCCCUUUAAUUUCUUACCCCUCAUCCACUGCUCAAUAAACCCCCUGCCCUUCCUUCGCCCAGAAGGAGGCAAGCAUUGACCACACACUGCUGGAUUUUAGUGUCUUUGCACUGGCAGUCUGGGGCAGCCCAGCAGUUUCCAUCCAUCCCUUAUUGCAUCCCUGAGCCACUGCCCACACACGAGUAUUUCCAGAAACCAGGACAGCUAGGCCUGAUUAUUCAGCGUCAGGGAAGGAGGGAGGAGGAGGAGGAGAAAGAGACAGCAGCCAAAAAAAGCUGGAGACAGAGUGGAGGUGGGGGAGAAGGAGGGCACUGGGCAGAUGGGGGAAGGGAGCAGAGGAGAUACUGGGUGUCCGGAUAACAGAGACGUCACAAGGGGUCAGUCAGGUCAGCCCAAAGAAGGACGGACUGUAGAAGAGUUUGGACAGGGCAAAGGCCUAGAGGUUAGAGUUGGUAGCUUAAGCAGAAAUGUCCUCUCACAGCAUCAAGAAGAAAAGUCUAAAUCCAUUGGUAGAAAUUUUAGGUGACAGCAAACAGUGGUGCUUCCGGCUCCAGGGAACCCAUUCUGAGCCCCCUUGAUCUCUCAGAAACACCUGAGAGUGACUCUCUUCCCACACAGAUGCCUGAGCUCCUCUUUCUGCUUCUCGCUCUGCCUUGGGGAUCUCAUUCAUUCAGGGAAAGCUUAUCAGGCAUUUGGCGUGGGCCAGGUACCUUGCUGGUUUCCCUCGGGGCAAACUAAGGUGGCUUAGACAUAUGACAUGUUUAUCUAAAGUGGGAGUCAGCUCCACUGCAAAGGAAUUGACCACCGUUUAAUCAUCCUUCCUCACUCUUGAAGCAAGGGGUUCUUAGCGGUAUCUUUUGUGUCAACCAAGCCAGGGAAUUUGGGGGGAGCCACAAUCGAAACCGGGACUCUGAGCACACAAUUAAUUACACUGGGCCUUGAAACAAAGGUUUGAAGAAGUUGGGCUGGUGUAUGAUGAAAGAGCAAGUUAGGGGAAAGCAUAGAGAGUGGAGACAGACUACUGAGAACUAGGGUCGGAGGCCAGGUCAUGCAGUCUUGAAUGCCAGGUCCUGAGAUGUCUGCAUUUUCUAUCUGAAAGUAUGGGGAAGCACAGGAAAGACUUGAGUAAGGUAGUGACAGAGUUAACUAUGCAUUUUAAACAGAUGCUCUGGUGGUAUGCUGAAAACAGACUGGAGGGGAAGAGAAUGGAGAUGCUAAAAUGGUCAGAACUGGUGGUUACCUUAGCCAGGGAAGGAAACAGGGGAGAUGGUGGCAAGUCAGUGGAUUCCAGAAUAGUAAAGAAAGUAAAAUGAUCCCUGCCAUGAUCCCUGUACUAAGUACAUUAGAGUUGAUUGUCUUUUUUAAUCAGUAUGACAACCCUACAUAUAACAUUUUAAAACAUUUUGCAUGUCUAAGGUCAAACAGGAGUAAAUAUUAGAAAUGAGAUUCAAGCAACUGAGUGCCAAAAUCCAAACAACUAGGAAGUAUCUAUUACAUACUUGUGUUUUUUUUAAAUAAAUAUAGGGGCCAGGCACGGUGGUGCAUGCCUUAAAUCCCAGCACUUGGGAGGCAGAGGCAUGCAGAUCUCUGUAAGUUCAAGGCCAGCCUGGUCUACACAGUGAGUUCCAGUCAGGGCUAUACAGAGAGACCUUGUCUCAAAAAAGUAAAAUAAAAUAAAGUAAAUAUGGGGGCUAGGGAGAUAGCUCAGCAGUUAAAAAUGAUUACCACCAAGACCCGAAGACCUGAGUUGGAUCCCCAGGACCCAAGGUAGAAAGAAUUGACUCCCACAAGCUGUCUUCUGACCUCCCCCUGUGCAUCCACGCAUACACACAGUAAAUAAUUAAAUGUAAAAAAAAAAAAUAGGUAUAAAAGCCAGAGCUAGCCUAGUUGUGGUGGCGCAUGCCUUUAAUCCCAGCACUUGGGAGGCACAGGCAGGAGGAUCUCUGAGUUCAAGGCCAUCCUGGUCUACAGAUCAACAGCCAGGACUGUUACACAGAGAAACCUUGUCUGGAAAAAAAACAAAACAAACAAACAAAAAAGCCAGAGAUAGCAUGAUGGUACUUGCCUAUAAUUCCAGCAUCUGGGAAGUAGAGGAAAGAGGAUAAGGAAUUUAAGGUUACCCUCAGCUACACAUGAAAUUCAAGGCCAACCUGGGCUAAAUGAAAUUCUAAUAAAUAAAUAAAUAAAUAAAUAAAUAAAUGGCAUCCAUUCAACUGUUUCGAAAUUCAAGCAUACCGAGGGUUAUAAAAUGAUGUUCUUUUCCCGCUGCUGACAGUGUUAUCCAUUAUCUUUUAUUAUCUGUGUAAGAUGAUGCACUCAUAGGUUAGCACUCAGAAUCUUAGUGCUUUUUAUAUGCAUUUCUUAAUGUGGGGUUGACCAUCUUAACCUCAACUAUAUUUUAUCCCUUGGAUUUUGUAACAUGGCAAUCAUCACUGACCUUGACGGGUCUCGGUUUAGUAUCAUGAAAGAGGGCAGUCCAUUAAGAGAUGGAGGACCCACACAGUGAAAAGAGAGAGCCUGCUCUGGCAAGCUGUCCUUUGAUCUCCACACCUGUAUUAUAGUGUCCCCCCUUCCUUCCCUCCCUACAUCCCUCUCUCCAUACUAAAUAAAUGUAGUUUUUAAAAAAAGAGGGUUAACACACAAUAAAUAAAUGUAUUAAAAGAGAAGGCCAAGAAAAAAACAGAAGGUGAAGUACAGAGUUAAAGUAGGCAAUAAUUUGACCAAGAAGAAGAGAGAAAUUGAGGUGGUUAGAGUUUGGGGAUGUGCUUAAAAAUGCAGAUUUCCCAAAAGCAAUCCUCUAGACCUUGAACUGUCUUUUAAACUAUGGAGACGUUUAAACUGCAAAGACUCUGAACACUGCCGAUUACUGUGUGACCUUGUGCAAGUCACUUAAUCUCUCUGGAGACUCAUUUUCCUCAUCUGUAAAAACAGGACUAACAGUCACUACUAUAUAGGGAUUAAAUGAGUGAAGACACGUAACAAACACAGCGCUCGGCCUGGCCAAAUACCGUAGAACUGAGCGGUCCUCCUAUCCCUAGGCCGCUACCUGUGUUUUCUGAAAGAUUUACCGACUCCA